AUGCAUUGGCAAAGAUUCAAUGGCCGCGCCGUCGUGCAGCAGCCUUUGCUUGUGCAGUUGCCAGUGCCGGUGUCUCACCGCCGAGUCGCAUCCGGCCAGGCACUGGAUCUUACAGAGAUCGAAAGAGAGGCCGAGUCGGAUCAGGAGCACAUCGACGAGCACCAGGCUGAGACUUUCGCCCGGUGGGAGGCUCGCACAGGGCCAAAGGCGCCGAAAGGAUGCGAGUCGAUCAACUACGAGAUGUAUGGCAGCGACAACUACCUUGAGUACUUGCGCUCCAACGGCCGUCUCUCGACGCGUCGGAAAAUUUUUCAGCGGGGAGGCAGCAUGCGCUGGAUUUUCCUCUGCUUCAUCGGCGGUGGAUCUGGCUUGGUGGCCGUCGUCGUAGACUAUGCAAUGGACCAGGUCUUCGAUCUGAAGAUGUCUGCCAACAACUGGGCAUACGAGCACAGCUUUUCCAUUUGGCAGCAGUACUUGGCCUGGGUGUCAGUCGCUGUCGCCCUGGUCAGUAUAGCUGGCAUUCUGGUUUGCUACAUCGAUCCCUUUGCUGCGGGCUCUGGGAUUCCAGAGAUAAAGUGUUAUCUCAACGGCAUCGAGCACUUUCCGAGUGUGGUGGGUUUGAAGACACUGUUGGCCAAAGCCGUCGGCAUCGUCUUCAGCGUCUCUGCAGGUCUUCCCUGUGGUAAGGAAGGGCCCAUGAUCCACAGUGGUGCCAUUAUCGGUGCGGUCGUAGCCGGUUUCCGAAUAGACCGCAACAUCAAGCCGUACGUCUACACCCAGGAGGUUCGCGACCUGGUGGCUGCUGGCGCCUCCGCCGGGGUCUCCGCGGCUUUCGGCGCUCCACUGGGCUCGGUUCUUUUCGCUAUUGAAGAGGGCUCCAGCCAUAUGAAUCCUCAGAUCAUGACGCGGCUUUUUGUGGCCUGCGCUGUAGCGGCCCUCGUGUCAAGGAGCUUCUCCGGUUGGUAUCAUGGGCUUCCACUUGGCUUACUAGGUUGGCGUGUUCCGGUCAGCUUCGGCCGCUUCUCGAACAUGGACUACCACAUACAGGAGUUCGCACUCUUUGGGCUGAUGGCCAUCUGCGGAGGACUACUCGGUGGCCUCUUCAACUGCAUGAACAAGCGGUUGACCUUGUGGCGCCAAAGACAUAUUGGAGGGCGCGGUCACAAGCGAUUCCUGGAAGUUUUGCUUGUCACCUUCGUCGUGUCGUCUUUCGACUUCCUGGUAGUGGCACUGUGUUCCGACAGUCCGCUCACGUUGGAGGACCUUCCUCCCACGAUGGAGCUCUACUGGAACCUUGGUGGCAAGGCGAUGAAGAACCUCUUCCACGGACAGGAAAACUAUCACUGGGGCUUCUUGCUGCUGUUCGCUGUCAAGAACUUCUUCUUCGCUUGUUGGAACUAUGGAACGGGGGUCCCCAGUGGCCUUUUCGUUCCUUCUCUGCUUACUGGCGCCGCCUUCGGGCGACUGGUGGGGCAGUUAGUAGCGGUGCUCAGAGAUCUUGACACAGACGGCAACUCCCCGUUCUCGUUCGUCGCCCAACCUGGUACCUACGCUCUCAUCGGAGCUUGCUCCAUGCUUGCGGGCACGGCGCGCAUUACGAUCUCCUUGGCAAUGAUCCUCAUGGAGACCAGUGGAGAAGCUGAGUUUGGACUUCCAAUCUUCCUUUCGGUUAUGGUUGCGAAGUGGGUUGGCGAUCGCUUCAACAGGGGCAUCUACGACUUGCAUAUCAUCGAGCUCAAGCACAUUCCAUUUCUGGAGCAGAACCCGGAGAAGGAGAUGAUUCCCUUGCAGGCCCGUGACGUCAUGCAGCGGAAUGUGGUGACCCUGGAGCUCGUUGAAUCUGUCUCCAACCUGGUCGAGGUGCUUGCCGGCGAGAAUCACCACAGCUUUCCGGUGCUCUACCCCGGCACGAAGCGCGUGGCGGGUAUGCUGUCCCAGUCAGUCCUGCGAAGGAUCCUGGAACACGGAGAGGAUUCGGGUCUCUUCGUGGCCCAUGGCGACCCGGCACCAACCAAGCACAUCUCCUGGCAGAAGAUGCUGCCCUCGAUGCCCUUCAGGUGCCAGACACCUGCAGAGGUGCGGGAGCUAGUGGCAGAUCACGUCGAGAAAUUGGUGGACCUUCGGCCGUAUGUGAACCGAAACAGCCUCUUCGUUUUAAAGUAUACUUCGGUUUGGAACUGCUACAGGCUUUUCCGCCAGCUCGGGAUGAGACAUCUUGCUGUGCUCGGUCGAGACGGAAGUUUGGUUGGCAUCAUCACGCGCAAGGACCUCAUCCUAGCAGCGGAAGCUGCUGAAGAGGGUGAAGAGACCAGCGAUGAUGAUGAGGACCAGUUCGACGAGGAGGCGAGAUCGCCUGAGAUCAACUUCGCUCCAAGUCCUGGAAGCGACCACGAAGAAGACGGAAUCAGUUCCCUUGUACGCAUCAACACCAAAUCUACGACGCGUUCGAACACCUCCGGGCUGUCGCAGCGGCAGUUGAGCGAACGUCAGUUGGAGUCGACGACGGGCGGCAUGGGCGGUGCUGGAAUGUAA